AGCAUCCUGUCGUCGAAACCAAGUUAAGACGCAUGGCUGUAGUAACAAUUACAGCUUCAUCAAGCCGGCCACCGUGACGCCAGACUUGUAUUUUGGGGAACCUUGCAGUCGAAAUUCAUACCGCGUGAUUUUAUUGAUAGAUGCAAUAUCGCCACUCGACGAUUUUUUCCCCCAAAAUCGGAGGAAAAGCGUGUUUGAAAUCGCCCCGACCGGAAGCGACAAUAUAUGACGAAACACUCCGCCCGAAUGCCGAGGGCCUUCAAGGUGGAAGGAGUAAUUCUCAGUCUUGUGCCAGAAAAGACGGAGACUGGACAGUGCUCGCCAGAGGAAUUUUCGGGGUCUCCUUCGUUCUGCUUUUCUCUCGUUUAAGAACUUCGAACUUACUCAAGGCAGUGUUUCGGCAAGCCGAGUCUUAACGGCGCCAUCACGAGCAACUAUUGGCAUUGAAAAUGGGAGCGAGGCUGAGCGUCCGCCGCAAGAAGAGCCGCGUCGUGCAGCGGGUCCCGGAAAAUCAGAGAUGUAUCCUGAACCAAAGCCGACCCCGCUACCGCAGCCCACAACGGGAGAGCCAUCCGUACGACGAUGUCUACAGCGUUGCGGCCCGGGAGAGCGGUCCUUACGACGAAGUGUUCUACAGUCCCGACGUCUGUCACAACCCGAGAUGCGAGAGUCAGCAGUACGACGACGUCUUCCACAGUUCUGCCCGCGGAAACGAAGUCAGCUACGGCCCGAGACGUGAGCAUCAGCUGUACGACGACGUCUGCAGCAGCCCUCUGCAACGCGCCGCUCUUUUUCCCCCACGUGUUGACAGAAACACUUGUUAUAGUGUUCGUUCCAGCAACGAGCGACAAGGCCGGGAGUGCAUCAUGCAAUACCGCGACUACUACAACCUAAACCUGGUCAGAGAACCAACAGGUUCUUUGAGAACUUCCCAGGUCCACAGCAGAGUGUCUCGCUCUCAGUUACGGGAAUCAACUGGUUACGUGACGCCAAACGCAAUUGCGCAAUGGCAGGUAGCGGCGUUCAGGGAGGAGCUCGCGAGGGAGAGGAGCGAAAGCAUAGGGAAAAACAGCAUGCAGCGCACAGUGAGAAAGUACACCUUCCAGAGCCGUUUUGCAAAAACUUAGGUAGGCAAGAAGAAAUCUACAAGGCAAAAAGGUUUUUAAAAAUCAGUAAAAGUCCGUAACAGAAGAAAAGCAACGGGUGGUGUAUUGGAUGGUACCAAUACUUAAGUUUCAUAGAAAACGGCCAGUUUUGUCCUGUUGAGGUUCGUCGUUUGAAAAAAGGCACUGAAAAGUAGUGGAUUCCUCGCCACCGCACGUACGUGGCUUUCUCUGUAGAUCUGCGUCGUCUCCUGGCAACAGCAGAGGACAGGCUGCCGUGUCGAAACGUUCUGUCUCAUCUGCCGUGUCGAAACGUCCUCCUGGAAGUGGUAGAUGACAUGAGACCACUUCAUGAAGCGAGGACUUUAGUAUAACUUCUUUCAUGGGAAGAACGAAACAAGUAUGUUACAAUAUUAGGUUUAUACACUAGAAAAUAUAUUAUAGAUAAAUAAUAAAUAUCCCAGUAUG